ACCUCUCAAACAAGCACACCCCAAGAUCCCUGCCCCCACCCUUUUUGCUUCAGUUCAACCACCAGAAUCACCCACAUCUCCAUCAUCGGCGACCACCGCAGGCGGCGGUGGCGUGGUGGAGUUUGUCGGGUCGUUGUUCGAGCGAGAGAGAGAGAAACAGCGAGAUGAGAGAGACAGAAACGGCGGCGCCGGCAGCCGUACCGGUCGCCGGCAACGACAAUCGUGCCGACAUUGGCGACGGUAAAGGUGGGUUAUUCUUCUCGGGUCAGUUUAGGCUGUGCUCGGUUCAGUCAUUUGGCUCGAGUUAUAUCCCGCUCAGUUCAGGGAUAUGCCCACUCGAAGCUCGCUUGGUUAUGGUUAUUUCAAUUGCACCAAUGCUCAAGAUGAUGGUUUUUAGUUGGGACAAAACUACAAGUGAUCAUAACCAAAAUGGGCUUGAGGAUUCAAGAAAGAGGUGCAAUGAUCAAGGGUAUACCCUUCGUUCAUCUCGCCAACGACCUUUUUUGGUUCAACCGCUCUCACCUCCUGCUCUAUCUUAUUCACUCUAUCCUCUUUCAUAUCAAUACGGGCCGAAAUCAUGCUUCCAUAAGAACAAAGCCGACUUUGGGAUUAAGAUUCCAAUGGCGGUGUUUGUACUAAUACUAUGCAACCAUGACUUUAUGCACUAGUGACACAAAUGGGUUCAACCAUGAGUCGGCCAUGUUCAACGAUCAUGUGGCAAUUUAUACGGUUCCGGUUGCAAGUAUAAAUUGAAGACGUUGGUUUGAGUUGCAAGUACGUAGACAUUGGUUCGGGAAGUUAUUGUAUAUCACAUUCAUCUUUAUAGAUAUAUGUAUCUGUGUUACUUUG